CUUUUGUCAUUUGUCGCAGUUCAAUAUUAUGAUGUUAGUAAAGAUGACCAUCACAUAUGACGCCGUGCAUGCCCGAUGCUCAGACUAGUCUGACCUGCUAAAAAGGAAGCCACGCAAAAGGAACUCAGGAUACCGUCGAGAAGUGUAUUUACUUUGCCAGAGUAACCGUUAGAUAAUUAUAAGAGCAACAGUUCAAUCAUAUUAAGGAGAGCGUAUAGUAAGUAAUAACCCCACUGAGCCCUACACUGGCGGGGCGGCUAUACUGCAGCUGUAGUGUUACCAAGGCAAGAUGGCUGACCCCUCCGGGACCGACGAUGUUAAACCCCCAAAGUCUUACCACGACUACUGGCUAACAUUAGAGGAGGCAGAGAAGCAAGUAAAGGCACAUGAAGACAGAACAGGUACUCGCUACACCUCUGACAAGGAUGAUUCCUCCUUCGGGACUUCUGCAUGGGCUGAGGUAGAAACCAACUUAUUAUGGGAAGAGGGAGAUAAAUACUUGGGGAAACCACUGGAAUUUGAUGGAGUUCCUUUCCUUGUUGUGGCCACCAAGGAGCUGUUAUGUCACUAUGGUAUUGGCACCAAGAAAACUACCACAGACAGUUCCAAGAACCUCAGUUGUCCAGCCAAAGUGGUACUUAAGGAAGUCAUUAAGUUUCCAGACUACAAGAUUGAGGGCAAUGCAAAAUGUGAAAAGGAAAAGUGGUCUAAGAUACUCCAGGAUGACAUUUGUUGUGGAAGUGUUCGCUCGGAACGCAGAAUAUACGUCUAUCUUCCUUCCCCAGAACUUCAUCUCCAUACUGUUUUGACGAAGAGAGUAGUACAAGACACCAAAGCAGAUGUAAAUGGUAGUGUGCCACACUGCUUGAUCUGUAACAGCAAACUCUCUACCUCAACAAGAUCUGCCAUUCCUCUGUUCACUGGAAAGAUAGUAACAAGUCACCGGAGACAGGAACUGAGUGCUAUGCUGGGAGGAAUCUUAAACCAACAACUGCAGAAAGCCAGUGUCCACUCCAAUAUUGUGUGCAGUAAAUGUUUCAAUCUUAUAGAUGAUAUUGAUUCCUUAGAAGAACAAGUGAUUAAUAAGAAGCAGGUAGUUGUUAACAAGUACAAGAGGACAAUAUCAGAAGUGAACCAGAAACCUUCCUUCACCAUUUCUCACUCAGAUGAUGAUCCUGAUUUUGACAUUACCUCACACAGUAAUAAACGUGGCCGAGGACGAGGAAGACCUCCUGGACGUCCGCGGCUGCGCGGCCGAGGAAGGGGUCGGCCAAAGGGAAAAGCUAAACAAACAAAGAAGACCUCAGAGAGCUGUCUGGUGAAACUGGAGUUAGAAGAGACACCUGAGGAACAACCUGUUCUUAAAAGAUUAAAAUCUCCUACACCUCUCCAAACGAUAAAAAAGGAGGAUAUCAUGAGUGAUCUGGAUUCUGUUGAAGACACCAAAGAAACUUUGGUAAGGAUAGAGGCUCUUGAGGCAGAAGAGGAGGAGGUGGAAAUACCCAUAACCAAAGAUGAUGUAGACAUGGAGUUGCAGGAGGAUGUGCUGGAGGUGGUAGAAGAGGUGUUGGUAAAAGAAGAAAAGCAGGGCAAAAGAUUUUCUUGUUCCCAAUGUCAAAAACAGUUCCUUACUAAGGCUGCUGUCAGAAAUCAUAUAAAGGUACAUGACCGCUUAGACUCUUAUGAGUGUGAAGAAUGUGAGAAGAGCUUCUCUUCUAAGUAUCGCCUCAAAGCUCACCUCAAGAUACAUGUGGACCGUGACCGACCUCACAAUUGUCAUGUGUGUAAUAAAUCCUUCUAUACCCGUUACCAUCUAAACUCACACUUAAGAUCUCAUGAAGGUUCAAGAAACUAUGUGUGUGAGCUGUGUGGCAAGGCACUCUCAACAAAAACUCUUGAGCUACACAUUCUCACCCACACUGGUGAAAAACCAUUCCAAUGUGAAAUCUGUGGUUCCACAUUUAGGCAACGGAGCAACUUGCUCACACAUAUAAAAGCCACACACUACCAUGAAAAGAACUAUCACUGCGAGUUAUGCCAGAGGUCUUUUGUGAGGAAGCGACUUUUGGACUACCACAUAAACAGUGUCCAUACUGGUCAUCGUCCAUACAAAUGUGAGAUGUGCGGUGCCACCUUUGUAUAUCCACACUACUUUAGGAGGCACAUAAGGAAACACACAGGAGACAAGCCCCACAAGUGCCAGAUCUGUGAGAAGACUUUUGCCUCCAGGGAGAACCGCAAUGCCCAUAUGUUCAUCCAUUCGGAAAAGAAACCAUAUGAAUGUAAAGUGUGCUGUGCAGGGUUCAUGAGAAAGCCUUUAUGUGUUUCUCACCUGGCUGUACAUGGCCAAAUAAAUAAUCCUGAGGCCUAUAUUACCUUCAACUCACCUAGUCUCUUAGCCAACAGCCAUGAAGUAGCUACAGCAGAGGAAGAAGCAGCACAAGCUAUUCAUGCUGUGAGGUUGGCAGAAGAAGCCACCCCCCACCAAGCAGUAGAGGAGCAAACACAAAUCAUGAGGGAUGGCAAAGUGGUCAAGAUCACUUCUAGACCAGUGCAUAUAAUUGAAACUGAUGAGACUACUCGUUAUGUUAUACAUUCAUCAGAACGUGUUCCAGAGGGCAACAUGGACCAUUUCUUUGCUGAACUUCAGGGGCAGGUCGUGGAGGUCCGCUCAGAGGACUUUUAGAGGUAUUCUUUUGUUGCAUCAAGAAUUGUGAUCCUUCUGGCCAUUCUGAUAUUGUGUUGCUCAUGCUAUUGAUUUUGAAAUUGUACAUUGUGUUAAUCUUGACAUGUAUAAAUUUCUCUUAACAUAAUUUUUGAAGUAGAAA